AUUGGGCUAAAAUCGAAUCCAAGCACAACCCCCUCCUACAUAGAAAUCUCCAUCAUAGAAAUAUUCUCUAUGGACCUUUAUAUAUGUUUGCAGUUGCAGAGUUAUAGGUGUAAUUAAAAAAAGAGGGUAAUGCUAAUGAAGUGGUUAUAUUGAUUAGUCUAGUUGACGUUCCAGUUAAGGUCAAAUUUUUAAAAUUAAAUGUUCAGAAUUCAUGUCAAACACGAAAAGGGAAUAAACUACUCUCAAUAGAGCAUAAUAAUAUAUUCAUGAUAAUGAGUUUUCAAGGGUAUCCUGUUUCAAAGGUAUCCAACUCCAGUCGUUUUUCGCUGCUAGUCGAGGUAGCACCUAGAUUAAAUUUUUCUUCAAGGAUUUCAUUGAAAUAUUGUAUAAAACUUAAACUUCAGUUCAUAUUACUGUGUGCUUAGAUCAGUUCAUAUUACUGAGUGUUGCUUCUAUCCGUUCAGAUUUAUAAUGUUUCCCAACUGCUUUAGAAAGAACAGGACUCUGAAGUUCUUCUUGAAAAAUACUUCGUUGCAUGGAAUGAAAUACGUUGGUGAUGAACAGAAGCAUUGGUUUGAAAGACUUGCAUGGUGUAUCUUGAUAGGAGCAUUUGCAGCGUUUUCGAUCAAUACCUUGAAAGACAGAUGGAAAACCUGGCAAGACACUCCAAUGAUAAUAACGACGCGUAAUAAUCCUUUAUCCAUCUCAACGCUGCCUGUCCCAGCAAUAACCUAUUGUCAAGACUUUCUCAUUUCAACUGAUACACGAAAUGGUAUUACCAACGGUAUGAAUAUGACGAAAGAAGAUAAAACCAUUCUUUGUGGUGUAAUGACAAUUGUUCUAGGAUACGGUUUUCAAUCAAAUUUGGACUGUGAUGAUAUUCUCAAUAAUUGGCGUGAAAAUCGAACUCAAAAUGGAAUCGAUGACGAAAGUUUUUACAGAAUGUUUGACAAGCUGGUGAUCACGGACCAGGAAUAUAUAAGCAAUGAUAAAACCCCUUUCAUGCUGGGUAUGCGGUUUGACGAACCUCUCAUUUGUUAUGACAUGUUAACUCAUAACGGAUUAUGCACCACCUGUAGCUCUUUGCCUCUAUCACAAAUUUACAGGAACGAUACAUUCCUUCAUUCCUUCCAUAAUAAUCCAGAUGAUUACGAAGAGAUAGCGGAUUUCAGUGGAUUUCCAAUUUUUAAUUUUUCCAAAUAUGAUGUUUCCUAUCCAUUAUUUGUAAGGAGACCAAUGAAUGGACUUUUUGUGAAUGAUUGGAACAUCACAAACUUGAAACGAGAUAAUAUUGAGAUUAAUCCUCGAUCGAACAGAUGGUACACGAUUCACAGCCCCUGGGACGUGCCCAACCCAUUCAUGAGGUGGCAUUACAGCAACGACUUUCGCAAUCAUGAGCUGCAGGUGUUCAUCGAACCAGACCAGACACUCAUUGAUGAUAAACUGAGCAUACCUGCUGCAAGUCGUAAGUGUUAUUUGCCCCAAGAAUGGAAACUGAAAUAUUUCAAAUAUUACACUCAUCAAAACUGCAAAAUGGAAUGUUUAACCGAUACGGUUUUGAAAGCCUGUGGAUGCGUUCUGUACUACAUGCCUCAUAAUGAGUCGACUCCUAUAUGUUUUGGAGAUCUUAGGUGUGCCAAUGACAUAUUGGACCAAGUAAAUGUGCAAAGGUCUCUGACGUGUGACUGUUUCGCUUCGUGCAACCACACUGAUUACAAAUUCGUUUCUCAUGACGCAAUUCCUGACAGAGAUAGUAGCAGAUUGAUUGCUGUUUUUAUUGAUGACAUAUAUUACCCUCAAAUACGUGGAGAAUCCGACACCCUUGAAGGUUUCAUAGAGACCUCUGUGACCUACUUGGACAUGUUCCUUGGCCUCAGUCUGAUUAGCAUUGUUGAAAUUCUGUACUACUCGAUUUUGAUGCUUUUAGAAUUCUUGAAUGUUGAGAACAUUGGCGAAGCAGAUUGAUUAUUCACAUCUGAAUUUAGAAAAAUAUAUAGUUUUUUAGAAUAUUAUCUUAUUGAUUGUUAUUGUCUCUGAUAAUUAUAAUACAUAUUAAAAAAAACCAUCUUACUCCUAAGAAUACAUAUGCGUAUAGUUUAUUGAUAUUGGAUUGUAUUAUUGCAUAAUUUAUCACCACCACUAUUCAAACACCAUCCCAAUUAAUAAAUGAAUUUAGCACCAUAACUUCUGUGUAAUUUACUAUCUAAAAUACUUUUCAAAUUCCCGUAUUCCGUUGAA